UCUCGGUUGUGUUGCACAGCCUGACUGCUUAUGCUGCUGCUGCCGUCGUUAGCCGAGUAUUGAGCUACCAGCUGACCUACUUUCCUCUGUUCUCAGCCACUCAGUCCUGUUUACAAGCCACUGCCAGCGGAGGAUGUGGAGUACAGUGCCUGGAAAAUAGACGGACCCAGCCCACCGAGACCGCGACUGGGGGAUCUGGCCGUGUGCUGUUGAUACACGGGAACUGUCAGAGCCGCAGACAGGCUCACCGGUGAUUCGAAACAGCACGUUAAUAACUUAGGCGUUGUUAUACAAUUUAACGCUUUCGGCGCGCUCGCCCGGGUCCGUCAGACGCUGGGAGCUGCCGCGAUCAGCUGCUAUGAUGUAGUUUCUAUUCCCUCCCUGUGAGAAAAUGACUGGAUCGGCCAAAGUUAAACUGGGGAAUUGUGUUUCUGCUGGAGAGCCGCUUUCAAGGACUUGGCGUUUCUUUGGUGGACUGGAGGCAGUGGUGGGUAGCUGGUCCACGGUAGGAUUUUCCAUAAGAGUGUUCAGACAAGGUCAGCGCGGAUGGGACUUAUAAGACUUCAGAAAGGGCCUGGCUGGGAAAGGGUGUGAGAAUGGACAACCUUUCUGACUUUGGUGUCCCUUGCUCAUCCGCCCACAGGGAUUGGGACACCAACAGCUGCGUGGACGAUUUAAUGGAUGACGACGAGAAAGACAGGGCAAAAAGGGCAUCCCGUAACAAAUCGGAAAAGAAAAGAAGAGACCAAUUCAAUGUGCUCAUCAAGGAGCUAUGCACUAUGCUGCAGGGCCAAGGCCAUCCACGCAAGAUGGACAAGUCCACCAUACUGCAGAGAACUAUUGAUUUCUUGCAGAAACAGAAAGACAUCACUGCACAGAAUGAAACCUGUGAUGUGAGACAGGAUUGGAAGCCUUCGUUCCUCAGUAAUGAGGAGUUCACUCAGCUAAUGCUGGAGGCCCUAGAUGGUUUCUUGGUAGCAUUAACUACAGAUGGAAACAUCAUAUACGUAUCUGACAGUGUGUCUUCACUUACUGGCCAUUUACCGUCAGAUAUGGUGGACCAAAAUAUCUUGAAUUUCCUCCCGGAGCGGGAACAUGGGGAGGUGUAUAAGCUGCUAUCAUCCCACAUGCUGAUGACUGACCCCAUUGCUGCUGACUUCCUUGACAGUGAGGCACAUAUUGAAUUUUGCUGUCAUCUAGCCAGAGGGAACAUUGACCCCAAAGAGCCACCUGUGUACGAGUAUGUCAAGUUUGUUGGAGAUUUCAAGUUUCAUAACAAUGUGCCUAGAUCUUGUAACGGUCUUGAGUUGACGCUACCUAGAAGCCUACAGUCAGCAUUGGAGGAGCAGGUCUGCCUCAUUGCUACUGUACGAUUAGUCACGCCACAGUUUCUCAAGGAUCUGUGUAAUGUGGAAGAUCCUUGUGAUGAGUUCACUUCCAGACACAGCCUUGAAUGGAAGUUUCUGUUUUUAGACCACAGAGCUUCACCAAUCAUCGGCUACUUACCCUUUGAGGUUCUUGGAACGUCUGGCUAUGAUUACUAUCAUGUAGAUGACUUGGAGCUUAUAGCUCAGUGUCACAAUCAGUUGAUGCAGUUUGGAAAAGGUAAAUCGUGUUACUAUCGCUUCCUGACCAAAGGGCAGCAGUGGAUUUGGUUGCAGACUCACUACUACAUCACUUACCACCAGUGGAACUCCAAGCCUGAGUUCAUUGUCUGCACUCACACUGUCGUCAGUUAUGCUGAAGUGCGAGCUGAAAGGAGGAGAGCGUUUGGCCUUGAAGAGAUCUCUCCACCUGAGAUAGCUCCCUCCUCUGUGAAGGCUCAGGAGCUGUACUUGGACAUCUGCUCGACACUGGACCCUACACGGGACAAAAACAGUGGUGCACGUUCGGUAUCCUCCCACAGCUCCCGGAAGUCCUCCCACACAGCGCUGUCAGACUCUGCAUCUAACUCCUACACAGAGGCCUGCACACCAUCGUGGCAGUCGGCUUCCAUUGGGACGGAGAAGACUUCUGCCAGACUCCAGCCUAUUAGUUCAAAGAAUUUGGCACAAAGACAAAAUUCCUUUGACCUCGCCCCCCAAAUGAGCCUCCCCCUGUCUCCUACCUGCAGCAAGCACUCCGCAAUGCAACAGCCAACACAGCAGCAGCCUCAUCCGCAGUCGCCCAUGUAUCCGCUGCAGCAGCCUCAGCUCGGAGUGAUGAACCAGCUGAAGGAGCAGCUGGAGGAGAGGACCCGAAUUCUGCAGGCUGACAUCAAGACACAGCAGCAAGAGUUGCAUGACAUUAAGGAAAAGCUCCAUUUGGCUAACCUCCAGGUCCAGCAGAGAACUGCGCGGGGCGGGCAAGUGCAGGCAGUGAGUCUGCCCGUGCAGCCGAACACGAGUCUGACGAUGCCCUUCUACAGCAACCCCAUGAUGUUCUCGCCGAGUAACACGCGGCCUCUGCAGGACGCAAACCAAAGACACACAGAAAACGAUUUCAACCCAGAUGGACAACUACGCAUGCUUCUCAACCAACCAAUGCAGACACUGGUUCCCACUAGCAGUGUCACUUCACAGCCUCCCCAGUGCAACAUGGGCAUCUCCCAAACCAUAUACACCUUGGAGCAGCAGAUCAUCGCCCCGUCGUUCUCCAUGCAACAGGUCAACUGCAAUGCCGUCCUUGUUCCCUCCCCGGUCUUCACGUCACCCAUCAUGUUCCCACACAACAGUUUCAUCCCACCACAGCCUCAGUCAACCUACAACACUCAGCCUCAGGCCUCCCAGCACUCCCUUCAGCUACAACAGCCCCAGCAGUUCUUUCAGAUGACUCAAGGACUUGUACAUGGUGGUUCUACUCCAGCAUUCUUACACGCCACUAACGUUCCACAGCAAAGCACUGUGGGAUACAUCCAGCAGCAGCCGCAAGCACAGCAGCCACAGCAGCAAAGGCAGUACCAACAUUCCCAAAACCAGACAGGCAGUGUUUCAGACUUCCGAAAUAUGCUGACCCGGUAGCGCUGUGGACUCUGUCAUAGCUGAUUUCUCCCUCGGUGUCGUCGGCAUGUUGGCAGCAGCACGCUGUGGCGUUUGAAGUCAACCUUGACGUCAUGUUCUGCAAGAGAAAUGCUUGAAAGUGGAAGAUCGUUGGUAGUGACCCUUUUGAUGUGAAGCUGUCUGUUCAGAGGAAGGAGUGGAGCGAUAAAAACCCCAAGCAGAAGCUGCACUGACCUGACGUCAGCCCCGGCCGUCAGCCUGAGGGGCUGAGCUCACUUCACGCUCAGGCGUCAGUCAGUGACACCGCUGGAACACGUGGAUUAUCAAAGCUCUCAAGAAGACACAAUUUUCACAUGUUUACAUGUGGACCUUUUCACCUAACACAAGAGAGUUUCCUCCUUAGUGUCUGUUUGCACUUUGUACCACCACCACCCUGAAGUAGAAUAUUUAUUUUUGCCCAUGAAGUAAUAUUCUAUUUUUCUUUCUAAUAAUGGCUUAUCAAUGAGAUUAGUUUUCAAACCUAAAGCUUGAUACCCCCUCCCAAGUAACCUAAUAUCCCAACUGGUCAGAUCUUUAGCUCCAAUGAAAAUGCUUCAUCUCAUGAGGAAGUUACAUUUUGUCCCACCAAGCAAAGAUUUGUUUGCAUGAAUGUUUGUGGCGAGUUGCUUGAGAGGAGCUUUACAGCUUUAUGAUUGUGGCACAUGCAGUAAUGAGACGACGAUCAUAUCUAACAUAAGGUGUAAUCAGAUGUAACAUGCUACACUGGGGAACUGGGGGGAGGGGAGAUCCCCCAAUAACUAGAAAGGUCUAUCUAGAUUUUUAAAGCCUCAAUCUGGAGUGUUACAACUAUCACACCACUUCUCAUAGAGAAUAACGGCAAAGCUCGGAAGGGGGGGGGGGGGGGGGGGGAUAUAAUGUGUGCCUUUAACCGUGGCGCGUCCGUGGCGCAGUUUGAUAGUUUUGUCUGAUUAAGGCUUUAAAAAUCCAGCUCAGGUCCGUUUGGAAUACAAAGUUAUAUUUUCAUAGGUCAUAAUUUAUUAUUUUCCGCAUCAGAUUAAAUCAAAGGACAUCUAGAUUUGUAUUGGAUAUAUAUGAAAUAUAUAUUGGCCGCUUUUUGCCACGUGAACAUCUGUAUUUCCCAAAUCUUUCUUUAAAGAUGGUAUCUAAUAAGAUUCAUUUAACUAUUUACUGAAACCCUAAUGAAUACAGUUCAUGUUUAAUUUAUUACAGAUAUAUAUGAAAAAAAUAUAUCAGAUAAGAAACUAGUUUUAUUUAGAUUUUAUGUUCAUACAGACAUUGAAAGGUCAACACUGGUCUUAGUGUCUCACCCCAUCAUGUUCUUACGAGAAGAGAGCACCACCUCUGAUCUGUGUGUUUUCCCACUGCUGUGAUAUCUCUGUUUGUUUAAGUCUGGUCAUUUGAUCGCAUGAGUUCAAACGCAUGAAAUCAUGACAUUUUGUUGAGAAGCUGGGCUCAUUGACAGGUGAAUAACGCACUGCUUCCUGCUAUGAUUGUGAUCUCAUUGGGAAAAAAGAGCAGAUAUUUCAUAUACCUUGGAAACAAGGCCACCUUCAAUGUGCUUCUUUGUGAAAUAUAAUACAACAAAAACACUAAAUUUGUCUUUAUGUUGAAGUACCGAGCAUCGGGUGAUUUGCAGAGUCUGUUCUGUCUGUACGUCAAGAUCUCGCUCUUUACACACUCUGCUGUGAGAGACAAUCUCCUGAGUUGUUAGUGUUUGAGAGAGGAGGAAAGAUACAGGUUGAUGCGCUGAGGUGACAGUUGUAACAGAAGGAGGUCAGGAGGGGUUCGGUGGAGCCAGAUUUGCAGUUGAACGAUGUCGAGGAAGAAAACGUACGUGCCUCUCUGUAAUGACAAUCACACACUACCAGAUUUUACUGUGCAGGACCUGUCUGUGUCAGAAUCUGACCUUAUGAUUAUUUAUAUCCAUUUUCUACCUUUAAAUUUGUGUUACAUUACAGGUGAAUUUUGCAUUCACUUGAAAAAAAAAAUUCCAGCUCUUUUCUUUUUUAUGUACAAGAUCAUUUUCUGUUGUCAUGACAAAAAUCGAUCUGCUCUGUUUUUAGGAAACUAACGAGAGCUGAUUUGUUCUUUUCUUGUGAAAACUGGGGCAGACUGUUUUCUCGCGAAAACAUAAAUUCAAUAAAAUAGCAAAAAAAAAAUCUCAUGAAAGUAGAAAAUGUUAAAUGGAAUAUGCUUCCGUAGUUCUCGGAUAGUUUCAGCAGACACACUUGAUUCAAAUUGGCCCCAUUCAAGACCGACGCUGUUCACAUUGGACGAUAAGACUCAGAGGUCAUAAUACUCUGUGUGUAUGUUUAGUGCAGUUUCACACUUCCCAUGUGCAAUGUCCUUUUGGAAAGAAAAAGAAUGUUAAUUUAUACUGUUUUAAAUGUUUCAGAGCAGAUGUACGAUGUAUAUAGAAGUUUAUAAUAAGCCAUUGUACCAUGUAAAUUAUAUGGAAAUAUUUUUUUAAUGAAAUUGAAACAUUCCUUCAGCAGUCGAUAUGUAAGAGGUAUCUUUAUUUAAAAAGGUACAGCGCGUGUCCACUGAAGGCUACGAUCGCGACGAUUACACAGGACUUGGUCUGCAUGGGAUUGUGGCGCAGCGUUAGCUUCAGAAACAUCACGGCAAAUGAAAACCAAUGGAGAGAAAUAAAGAAAUAAAAUUCAGAAUCUUAAUCUUUACGUCCUCAUCAAGCAGAAUUUCAGACACUUUUAGAGCAGCAGCAGCUGUGUGGUGAUCAAAAACAGCUGCGUCUCUAAUAAAGGGUAAUUUAGCCAUGAGCGACUGAAGUCGUUUGUGCUUUCAGUUAAAUCGGUUUCAGUCUUUUUUAAGAUAAAGUGCAAUUGUAAACAGUCAUGAAAAUAUAUUUUAGAUGGGAAGCGUCAGUCUCUCUUCAUAAGUCUCCAAACUUUCUCAUGUUUGAAUAUAGAAACAAUAAAGUGACGUACCCGUAGCCAGCGACUAAGAUGUGCCAUAGACGACUAUAGUUCUGUUUUCAUUCAUUAUUUCAAGAUAUUUAUCAACCUUUCGGGAAGUGCAAGUAAAGAUUUCUCCGUGAGGUUGUUUUUCCAUAGUCACACACCAGAUCCAUUUUUCAGUCCAUGUCUGUUUAACUAUAUAUUUGUUUGUUUUGCCUUGCUAAGGUGGGCGACUUCAGUUCUAUUCAUUAAACACAGUGCAUUGUGCUCCAGCUGUGGGUUAAAUCAUUUUUGCUUUGGACAAAUCACCAGAAUGUUUGGAUGGGCUUUUAUUUUUGUUGGUGUGAAUUGUAAAUAAUCCCUCUGCUCUGUUAGGAAAGUUUUUCUUUGAGUUAAAUUCUCUCCACAUCUGUUGCUGCUGCAAAAAUUAUUUUAUUUGUCUUUCCUCAAACUGUCAGCUUUUCUUCUUCAUGGGCUUUUCAUCGAGUGUCUAUGUCCUUCGAGGGCAUGUGGUUUAUUAAGUCACAUUUAAACUUGUACUUUUUUCUGAUUUGUAAAACAGUGACUGACUCAGAUCAGCGCUCUCUGGGUGAGAUAUGCCAGGAGAUGAACAAAACACACCUGGUACACAGCCAUUUCUGUUGUUUCCCUACAGAAACAAAGAUUGAAUAUAUUGUAUAAUAGAAUGUAAAAAAAAGUUUAGACUACAUAGUUGUUUAUUUUAUAUGUCUAAUAGAUUUACAUAUGUAUGUUACAUGAUUUAAAAAAUUAAAGUAAUUUUGUAACAGAUAAUGAAGUGUCUUAUUAGAGGAGGUGAGGCUUUUUUGCGAGUUGGUGUUGCACAGUCACUUGUACGGCUUGUUGUCUUUCUGUAUUUACCAACAAAAUAAGCUUUAAAAAUAUUGUUAAUAUUGUUUUAAAAGAAAUUAACAAAUUAAGUUUACAUUCUAAAAUAUCUUGAUAUUAUACUAUAUUGAAUUAUUUAUAAAUCAACCUGGAUAUUGUGAAAUAUAUUGAAAAUAAAUAUUUUAAACAUA